GGGGGAGGCAGCUUCCGGUGCUGGGCAGUCGGCGGUGCGCCGAGUUCUGGUCCGGGUCCGGGGGAGGGUGCGGGGCGUGGGAUUGAAGCUGUUCACCCUCCCACCCCCACCAACUGAGGCAGAAGGAUGGGGCUGCUUUCGGAUCCGAGCCGCAGGCAAGUCCUGACGGGGCUCAUCACCAAGAUGAACGCACCGCUGUGCCUCCUGUGCUACGUGGUGGGCAUCGUCUGGUUCCUUGGUCUGGCAUUUGAACCCUUCAUCCUGCGAAUGUACACAUCGGAGAAUGCCAUGGGCUCCACCAUGGUGGACGAGAACUUUCUGUUCGGGGACAGGGCGCUCUCGUAUGCCCGCGAGUUCUCGGGGCACCGGAAGAGGGCAGGCGGCAUGCCCGUCGACUGGCUGUUGAAGACCAUGACCGGCCUGGGACUGGAGACACACACUCACAGCUUCUCCCGCACCCUGCCCUUCCCGGAUGAGAUCCGUGAGAGAUACAUGGUGAAAGGCACCAAUGUCUAUGGCAUCCUGCGCGCCUCCAGGGCAGCAAGCACGGAGUCCAUCGUCCUCAGCACCCCGGUGCAAACAAAGCACAACAGCCAAGCUGCAGGGCUGCUCCUGGCCCUGGCUUCCUACUUCCGAGGUCAGAUCUACUGGGCGAAGGACAUCAUUUUCCUCUUUAACGAGCAUGACAUGAUUGGCAUGGAGGCAUGGCUCGAGGCCUACCAUGAUGUCAACGUCACAGCAAUCAGCUCGUCAGUGAUGCAGGGCCGGGCCGGUGCCAUCCAGGCCGCCAUUACCAUCGAACUGAGCAGCGAUGUGGUCACCAGCUUCGACAUCAGUGUAGAGGGACUGAAUGGCCAGCUGCCGAACCUGGACCUUGUCAAUCUCUUCUCCUCCUUCUGCCAGAAGAACGGUGUCCUCUGUACUAUACAGGGAAAGCUGCCGAGGUCGGACGGGGACUCGCUGGACGGGUACCUACACUCUCUGCACACCAUGCUCCUGAUGGUGCUGAAGCAGGGCUCUGGCAAGCCCCAGGGAGACCACGGCCUCUUCCUGCGCUACCACAUCGAAGCGGUCACCAUCCGUGGGAUCAACAGCUUCCGCCAGUACAAGUUCGACAUGGUCACCGUCGGCAAGGUGUUCGAGGGGAUCGUGCGGAAGCUGAACAACCUGCUGGAGCGACUCCACCAGUCGUACUUCUUCUACCUGCUGCCCUCUCUCACCCGCUUCGCCUCCAUUGGGUACUACAUGCCUGCUUUCGUUUUCCUCCUCUUCAUCCUGCUGCUGAGAGCUCUCGACUUGUGGAUCAAACUCUCAAAGGUGCCUGUGUGCCCCACCGAGGCUGUGGAGGAGGAGCCGAGGCCUGGCUUCCUGAGCACCAUGACGCCCAUCUUCAUCUGCCACGCCAUGGGGCUGGCACUCUACUAUGUGCCCCUGCUGUGCCAGGGCACAGCCACUGACCACUUCCCCGUGUCCGAGACCGAAGCCGUGGUCCUCACUUCCAUCGCCAUCUACGUGGCUGGUCUGGCCCUGCCCCACAAUACACAGAGGGCUCUGCCGAUGGAGCUGACGGAGCGGGGUUGGAUGACCCUGAAGCUGAUCGCCAUCCUGUACCUGGCCCUUCUCCUCGGCAGCAUCUCCCUCAUCAACUUCUCUCUGGGCUUCAUCCUGGCCGUCAGCCUGAUCCCUGCUGCCGCUGUGGUCCAGCCCGCACCCUACAAGGUGUUGAACGCACUGUUGCUGGUGUUCCUCUCCCCGCCCAUGGUGGUCAUUCUCUGCAUCUACCUGUAUCACGAGCUGUCCGAGUACCCGGUCACCGUCCUCGAGUGCUGGCAGCUCUUCCUGCAGGCCGUGGCCGAGGCCAUUCUCGACCACCACCUCUACGGUUCCAUUGUCUACCCAUUCCUGGCCCUGCUCGUCUACCCGUGCUGGCUCCUGCUCUGGAACGUUGUCUUCUGGAAGUGACGGAGGCCCCGCCACCCCCAGCAAAUGUGACAGGAACUCUCACCCUGUGGAGUGCCACAGGGUUCCCUCACCCCCUCCGUCACCGUGGGCUGGGGGCAGAAUGGCUGCUGAUAGAGCGGUGGGGUCCGGACACACGGAGGGUACGUCAGAGUUGGCUGGGAGGGGUGAGGGCCAAUGGGAGCUGGGAAGAGGGGUGAGGGGGAGAGAGGGGGACGGAGAUGACACUGGCAUGUUAAAAGUGGUUGGGAGGGAGAGCUUUGGAAAAAGGGGGUUGCCUGCAGUGGUGGGAGGAGAGAUGAGAUGAAAAGGGAAGCGUACGGAGGAGGUGAGGAGAAAUGAGUUGGGGGGGAGAGUUCAGGGGAAAGAAGAUACAUCUGGGGGGUAUCUGUGAUGGUUUGGGGGGGUGGACGAGUCACAAAGGGGCUGUCAAUGAUUGCCGGGCCAGAGGAAUGGGUAGUUUGGGAAAAAGGCGGGGAGAGACAACAUAGAGUGGGUGUUGGUGGUGGUGGAGAUGAGACACUAGAGAGGGAUUUUCAGAGGUGGUUGGGUGUGGGGAAGACAGUAGAGAGGGUGUAGGGUCCCUCUUUUAUGGCAGCGGAGAUUAUGGAGGGAGGGGAGCGAGUGAAAUGGGAGGGUUCUGCACUCGUCGGUCUCUCUGGAUCUCAGUCACUGCAGGAUGACGGAUUCAGAUCCCACUCAGCGCCAGGGGUGGAGAGAGUCCAAUCGAGUCACUGGAUGUUUAUGUUAUGUCAAAGUCUCCCCCUUUUCACUCCAGUUUGUGAAAAAGAAGUCAGGAGCAUUAAAGGUGAAACACAAAAUAAAAAAUUACCUGUAUCCUUUUUCUUGU